ACAAACUAUUGUACAGAUUAUAUAUCGAACAUACCUCAUUUUCAUACAUGAAUGUGUUUUAUCUGUUAUGUGUGUAAUGUAUAAUAUAGAAUGCGCGAACUUGAGUCUAGGGAAUCCCCUGUCGUCAAUUGCUUUUUAAUUCUCUUUAAAAGAGCUACGAAUUUUUUUCGCAUUCUUUAUCACUAACAGUUGAUCAAAAUUUCUUUAAAAAAUUAAUAUAUGCAGUUCCAGUCUUACCUUCUAGAUAUCAAGGAAUGUUCUUGAACAGACCUCAAAGCGCAACAACUAGGCAAGAGAUUGAGAUGAUUUAUAAAGCCCAACAGGCUCUGCAAAACACCACGGAUUCUAUAGAAAAACUUCGUUUGCUCUGUUUGGCCAGAGGUGCCAAUGGUAUACUUGGUUUGGGCAGAAUUUUCCGUCGUAUGGACGAUGAUGGAAAUAAGAAAUUGAACCUAGAAGAAUUCACCAAAGGUCUCGAGGAAAGUGAUUUGGAUAUUUCAGAUGAAGAGAUUCAAGAGAUGUUUAAUAAAUUCGACACAGAUAACGAUGGGAACAUUAGCGUCGAUGAGUUUAUUAUUGGUAUAAGACCUCCAAUGUCUCAAAAUCGCAAAAAUGUAGUAGAUCAGGCCUUCAAAAAAUUGGAUAAAACUGGUGAUGGAGUGAUCACGAUCGACGAUUUAAGAGGAGUUUAUAACGUUAAGUGUCAUCCCCGUUAUAUCAGUGGCGAAGAAAGUGAGGAAAGUAUUCUGAACAAGUUUUUAGCGAAUUUUGAACAGAACAAUACUAGAAAUGGCACAGUUACCGAAGAAGAAUUUAUGAAUUAUUAUAGCGCUAUCAGCGCAAGCAUCGAUCAUGAUGCUUAUUUUGAUCUAAUGAUGCGAAAUGCUUACAAACUCUGAAUAAGAUAUUCCUUCGAUUUAAUUUCCACUACUUUUAAACUUUAGCUUUAGCUUUACGAUCAAUGUCGAUUUUCAAAGCAUUCAUGCAACUGGUAGUGACUAAUAAAAAAUUUAUAGACAGACUCUAUAUAGUUUAUGCAAGUUAGUGUAAUAAUAAUUUAAUGUAAUAAUUCAUGAUCACUAGCUUUCUCUAAAGAAAUUUUAUUUAAUUAAUCGAUGAAUUGUAUUGAUUAAUGUAUAAAGGAAAUAUCAAGAAGAUAACAUUCCUAUAAAAAUAUAUAUAUAUGUAUCUUUUUCUUCAUGUGUUUCGCUACAUAUUUCUUAAUUUGAUCCAAAAACGUUUCCUAUGAUUCUUAAUUUUUCUACAAAAAUUUAAUUUAAUUGAUAUUAAUUAAUACUUGUAGUAGCAAAUAUAUUGAAAAAUUUGUAUGCAUGCGUUUUUAUUUAUAAUUCAGAUAUAAAAAUUUUCUACAAUCUUCGGUUUAAUUUAAGAUUCACUCUACCAGAUAUUGAUAUCUAUAUAUGGCCAUUUAUAAAAUGUGUGCGUAGCUUGUAAGAACGGAAGCUUGGUUAUAGGGUCCAACACAAUGAAAUGAUUCAUAUUAGACUAACAUAGGAAUCGAGUCUGAGUCAUGUCAAUUAUUUGUUUAUUCGUGAAAAAUAGAGUUUUUAUCUUUUCAUUUCAGAGUGAUAAAUAUUGAGUACUUAAUAGUGAAUUAGAAAAAAAUACAUAAUACUCACUUUGUAAAAACAGGAAUUGAUGGGGAUAACUUUAACAGCCAAGCAUGCAAAAGAUGCGUCAAACGUGUUUUAUUGUAUUCAAAUAUUAAAUAGUAAACAGUUUCA